AGAAAACCAUAGUAAACAAUCCCUCUUGAUAUCAUAGGGAAAAGAAUCUCCAACGAAUAAGAGAAAAUGGGGAGGGGAAAAAUUGAGAUCAAGAAAAUUGAGAACGUCAACAGCAGGCAAGUCACCUUCUCAAAACGCCGCGCCGGCUUACUGAAGAAGGCUAAGGAGUUGGCUAUUUUGUGCGAUGCAGAGGUUGGCGUUAUAGUUUUCUCCAGCACUGGAAAGCUUUAUGAAUUUGCCAGUACUCGCAUGGAGCAAAUUCUUGCGAGGUACAACACCAAUCCAGAAUCUUCAAAGCUUAUUACAAUGGAGAAUAAAACAGAGAAUGAACCGCAGCCUCAGGCAGAUGCUUUGAAAUCUGAAAUUGCGAAGCUACAGUUGGUGCAGCGUCAAAUGACGGGCAAGGAACUUGGAGGGCUGAAUUUUCAGGAGUUGCAGCACCUGGAGCAUCAGUUGCAUGAAGGGAUAUUAGCUGUUAAGGACAGGAAGGAGCAGGUCUUGCUGGAGCAGCUUGAAAAAUCCAAAUUGCAGGAACAGAAGGUUGUGCUAGAAAAUGAAGCUCUUCGUGAACAGGUUGAGGAGUAUCGCUUAAGGUUGUAUCGAGAAAAUGGUCAACUUGGGAGGAAGAAUUCUGGUGUAUGCUCAAGCACAGUCUGUGACUGCAGAUCAGAGAAAGAUGGAAAUUCAGACACUUCAUUGCGCUUGGGGUUAUCAGUUGAUAUAUGUCACAAAAGGAAAAAACCAAAGACUGAAUCCACAUCCAAUGAUUCAGAGACUCUAACGGUGUUAGAGUAGCCCUACCUUUAUAUCUUGCUCAAUAUAUGGAGGCCGGUUGCUUUCUUAUAUUAGUUAAACUUUCCUAUAUCAAGAACUCUUUGGAUUGCGAUUGUGUAUUUGCUCAAGGUCAAAGUUGCAUGAACUUGCACGAGCAGAUGAUGAGCUCAAGCCAAUGAAUUUCAUGCAAACGAUUAGAUAUAUAUGCUGGAAAACAAGUCUUUUAAUUGACUUCAACAUUUAAAUACUGCAUUUGGAAAGGCAUGUUUUUGGACA